UUCGGCACAGUUGUCUACCGGCUUCGAUUGGUAGAGCACAGCGGAUAGAUCUCCUUUCAAUUACUUAUUAAAAGUAUUUAGUAUUCUUGCAAAAAACUCAUAGAAAAUAAUGAAGACGUUUGUGAUCUUGUUAAGCUGCUUGGUGUGUUGCACCAUCGCAGGACGCCACGGUUUAUCGCAGAAACUCUUUGGAAAAUCACGUUAUUACGGACAACAGGAACAAGGCUAUGCAGCUGCGGGCACUAGUGAACGUCAACAAUUCCUGCUUGAUGUCCUGUUGCAGGUGCAGAAGCCUUUGGUCAACCAGCAGCUCAUUCAACUAGGCGAAGUGCUCGUGACAGAUGCCAGCAGCUAUUUUUCGCCAAACGACGUCAUACUGCAGCAGUUUUUACAACAAGCCAGCGAUCGGGAGAUUAUUGGACGCAACGGUGUUUACAACCCCGUCGAUUUGUCGAAUAUCCGACAAUUGGUUGGACUAACACGCUUCUUCGUGCUUGCCCGCAACUAUAAUGUCUUCCAAAGGAAUGUUGUCUAUGCCCGUCUGUACUUCAAUCCAGUUAUGUUUGUCGAUGCACUCGCUCUGGCCAUACGUGAGCGUCCGGACACGCAGGACCUCGUUAUGCCACCAAUGAAUGAGAUCUUGCCACAACUGUACUAUGACAAUUACGUCUUGAGCUCUGCCCAAAAUGUCGACUACAACCAAUUGAUUGAUGAGGCAACCCGCAUUAACAUCAAGCCCAGCUUAUUCGACAUCUUUGGCUUGCGCAAGAUUGGCGCAUUGUUCCAAUACGGUAAAUAUGCUCACUACAAUCCAACACAACAGCGUUACAUCCCACAGAGAUUUGGCGGUUAUGCCCAGGACUACCUCGGCAGUGAGAUACAGGCGAAAAUUGUGUUGCCAGUUGAGGAGAGAAAUGGCAAUGAAUUAACUGAUGACGUUGAUCUCAACGUGGCAUGGAACAAUCUUAUUAUUGAUCAGUUGGCACAGACCGUCAUCGAAGACAUCCAAGGAGGACAACAGAGUGGUCAACAGUACUACCAAGGCCAACAAGGUAGUCAGCAAUACUACCAAGGUCAAGGCGGUCAAAAAUACUACCAAGGACAACAAGGCGGCCAGCAAUACUAUCAAGGCCAAGGCAGUCAAAAAUACUACCAAGGACAACAAGGCGGUGAGCAAUACUACCAAGGACAAGGCAGUCAGAAAUACUACCAAGGACAAGCCGGUCAGCAGUACUACCAAGGCCAAGGCAGUCAGCAAUACUACCAAGGACAAGGCGGUCAAAAAUACUACCAAGGACAACAAGGCAGUCAGCAAUACUACCAAGGACAACAGAGAGGUCAGCAAUACUACCAAGGACAACAAGGCAGUCAGCAAUACUACCAAGGACAACAGAGUGGUCAGCAAGGUGGACAAUACUACCCAUAUGGCUCGUAUUAUGGUGAACAAUCCGAAGGUAUCAAACAAGGCUUAGGAAGUUCGGAACAAUUACCACAAGUUGAUGUAGACAGUCCACGUCUAUUGCAUGUCGGUCGUCGUCAUCGUGGUGACUCACAAAGUGCUGGAUAUUCAUAUUAUGUUAAUCCUUUCUACGGUUACAUCAAUAGACCUUACGGUCUUCAAGGCAAUCAGAAAUAUGCUAGCGGUUAUUAUGGUCAAGGCUACUUAUACAGCCCUCAAGAAUAUCAACAAUCGCAGUAUGGCUACAAGAAUCAGGGAUACUCUUACGGUGGUCAGCAGAAUCAGGGUUCACAAUAUGGUUACAAAGAUCAAGAGUACUACUACGGUCCUCAGGAAUAUCAGUAUGGCCAAUAUGGCAACAUGGAUCAAGGAUACUAUUACGGUCGUCAGCAGAAUCAAGGAUCUCAAUACGGUCCAUACGGCUACAAGAAUCAAGGAUACUAUUAUGGUCGCUAUUAUGGCCGUCAACAAGAUCAAGGCGCUCAGUAUGGUGAUAACAAAUACCAAUCGGGUCAAUACUAUGGACAGAAAUCUGCUUCCUACUAUGGCAAGCCAUACGGUGAACAAUCGCAAUAUGGUUACGAUCAACAACAGUACUCUUAUGGUCAAAAUCAAGGAUCCCAAUACGGUUACAACGGCCAGGCAUAUAGCUCUGCUUAUGUAAACCCAUACAGCGGACAACAAUAUUAUUAUAAGAAUGGCGAAUACGGUUAUGGACCACAAAGCCAGGGUCAACAGCAAUCUUACCGUGCUUACCCAUAUGGACCGCAAGGGAUUUACAACACCAAGGACUAUGAUGAAGUAAUCGUGCUUGAACGUGUAGCUCGCGACAACCGUAACCGCGGAGAAGGCAGCCAGCGCUAUCAAGGUGCCCAAGGAAAGCAAGGCAGCUACCGUUAUACAGAACAAUACCGCGAGUUGGAAGGUUUGCGCGAGGGCAUCUUGAGCAAUAUCGGCGCUACACAACAGUUGAGCUAUGCCCGACGUGGCGAGAUACUCUUCCAGAGUAUACAACAACUGGCGGCUAGACUGAAUAUUCAACGCAUCACUGAGACCAUCGAAGGAAACACCUCCGAGCAGUUGGAAAAGCAGCAACAAUAUCAACGUGUCCAACAGGAAAUCCAACAAAUGAUUAGGCUAUUGCGUACGCUCAUCGAACAAGUGCGCGAGGAGGCAGGUAUAAGCGCCGACAGCGAAGAAACUUUGUAUGUCCUUUCUGGCAUCAUUAAUGGUCGCAUUAUACUCGAACAACAACAACAAUUAUCGAACAGCGCCCAACGCACUUUGCAGGCCUUGCAACAACAAAUACAGCGUAUUGUCGAAAAUCAAGUUGGCCCAAUAAAUGAGAUGACUCCACUCGCUCUCCUCUACGGCAGCUUGCGUAACCCAGUAACACAGCAAGCCAUCUUAUCACUCGCUCAACUGAUCGAUGAAUACCGUCAGCAAUUGCAGCCCUACACCAGCUAUCAAUUGAGCAGCGGUGGCGAUAUUGCAGUUCAAAAUGUACAGAUCGAGCCUUUGGUCACCUACACCGAAUACGUUGAUGUCGAUCUUGUCAACCUGAUCGAUCAGCAGCUGUUGCAGUCGAACGCCAACAAUCUGCAACAACUUGGACAAAAGGUGGUAGCGCGCCAACAGCGCCUGAACUAUGAACCCUUCACCAUUGCCAUGGAUAUUGAGUCACAACGUCAACAAGAUGUUUCCGUACGCAUUCUACUGGGUCCCCAAGUCGAUUACACCGGUCGUCGCGUAUCGUUGGCAAAAAAUCAACGGAACUUCAUUGUCCUUGAUGCUUUCGUUCAGCAACUGCAGUCCGGCGUCAACAACAUUCAGCGCAACUCACGCCAAUUCAAUGGCUACAGCAGCGAUGUUACCACCAUUAGUCAGAUUUACCGUUACAUCAUGACCGGACAACAGCAAGGACAGCAACAACAACAGCAAGGAAACGGUGUCAUCCGUCAGCUGCCACAGAAUCUUCUGCUACCACGUGGCACCCAGACCAACGGUGGUUUACCAGUACAGGUAAUGGUUGUGGUGACACCACUGACUCAGCAAGACUAUUACUUGCGCGCUGAGAAUGUGCUGGCCCAACAGAUCAGCGGUUUGGGUAUCGUUAGUGUUGGCGUCGACCAACUGCCAUUGGGUUACCCAUUGGAUAGGCAAAUUGUCGAUGAGCAGCGUUUGAAUGUGCCGAACAUUCAAGUGGUCGAAACUGUCAUCCGCUACGAAAGCCGCACAAAAGCUUGAGGUUCUUGUGGAUUGGCGCUUUUGCCGAUUUUGUUCUAAUCAAACCACACUCACAUUGCAACUUUGGAAAUUACACAUCUUACAUAAUUAUAUAUAUUUGUUUUUAAUUAAAGUAAAUCCAUUUUGUAUAUACAAAUAAAAGAUUUUGUUAUCCGAUAAUCAAAUAAAUAAAAAUAUAUUAACGACAGGAAAAA